UGCUUUGCUGUCGGCAUUAGUGAGAGUUCCGGAAUCUCAGGAAUUUGGGCUGUUCGUCUCCUCAACCUCCUGCGCUAGCGAACUCAAGAUUUUCUGCGACUGAAAGGUUUGGUUCGAGCUCAAAAUGUCUCAAGCUGAUAAAAUGAAGCAAGGGCAGUUAACAAACCCAGAGACUCCUGGGUAUGUGGGAUUUGCGAAUUUGCCAAAUCAGGUACAUCGGAAAUCAGUAAAAAAGGGCUUUGAGUUCACUCUCAUGGUGGUGGGUGAGUCGGGUUUGGGGAAGUCCACGCUGAUCAACAGUUUGUUCCUCACUGAUCUCUACCCAGAGAGGGUCAUUCCUGGUGCUGCAGAGAAGAUUGAGCGCACGGUUCAGAUCGAGGCCUCAACUGUGGAGAUUGAGGAGCGUGGAGUGAAGCUGCGUCUCACUGUGGUCGACACGCCUGGAUACGGUGAUGCCAUCAACAGCCAGGACUGUUUUAACACCAUUAUCUCCUACAUCGAUGACCAGUUUGAGCGCUACCUGCAUGACGAGAGUGGACUCAACCGCAGGCACAUAGUGGACAACCGUGUGCACUGCUGCUUCUACUUCAUUUCCCCUCUGGGUCACGGGAUGAAGCCUCUAGAUGUCCAAUUCAUGAAGGCCAUUCACAACAAAGUGAAUGUCGUUCCUGUUAUUGCUAAAGCAGAUACGCUGACACUGAGGGAGAGAGAGAGACUCAAGCGCAGGAUUCUGGAUGAAAUCGAUGAGCAUGGCAUCAAGAUCUAUCACCUCCCUGAUGCUGAGUCUGAUGAGGAUGAAGAUUUCAAAGAGCAGACCCGGAUUCUCAAGACCAGCAUACCGUUUGCCGUGGUGGGAUCCAACCAGCAGAUCGAGGCUAAGGGGAAGAAAGUGAGAGGGCGUUUGUACCCAUGGGGUGUGGUGGAGGUAGAAAACCCAGAACACAAUGACUUCCUCAAACUUCGCACCAUGCUAAUCACCCACAUGCAGGACCUGCAAGAAGUCACUCAGGACCUUCACUAUGAGAACUUCCGCUCAGAGCGCCUCAAACGGGGCGGCAGGUUGUCCUCCCAUGGUUACAUUCUGCCUUUGUCGCCUGCGUACGUACUGCUCUGCUUGCCUUUCUCCACCUCCUCCCUCGACAUCCAUGAAAAAAAUCAGAGCUUUCUGAGGCGGAUGCAGGAGAUGAUCGCUAAGAUGCAGGCGCAGAUGCAGAAACAGGGAGAGGGAGAUGGAGACAGCCCACACCUGUGAGAAACACGAUGCAGACCUGAGGAGAGACCGGUCCUUAGCUCAUCUUGCUUGCCAUUUUCUUAGUUUCUUUCACUCUUGUAUGAUUUAAUGUUUUUUGUCAAAUUGUUUUUAAGCAGUAUUAAGUGUUUUGU